GAGAGAAUAUAGAAUAUAGAACAAUAUAGAUCGGUCGAAACGAUUUCUGAUCGACAAUGGCGUUUCGAUCCCUCCUUCGAGCUUGGAGAAGAACUUUCCCCCUUUGAACGAACGUUAUCGAUUAAACACUGGUCGGAGGACGAGAAAUUCGAAUCAUUUCGAAGAGGGGAAGGGAAGGAAAUUGUUUGGAGGAAGGAUGGUGUCGUUCGAGUUUCUAGUGAUUUUUCUUGCCGCGCUGCGCACCGUUCUAGGGACAAAAGACGAUCUCGACGAUCCGAAUACGUGCUCGAGGAACAAAAGUUUGUUCGAGAUCCCUGGUGACGCUGUUCUAUCUGUGUUCUUGAAUAUCAAUCACGGACCUUAUUGCAACGUGACGAGCGAUACCGGGCUGCAAGAAGUGGUCACCGCCUCAUACGUGGUCCAUCUAUUGAACAAGUACGAAUUCAUUCCUGGAUUCUCAUUGGGUUUGAAGAUCUUGGACACUUGUUUCGACGAGACGACCGUGUACAAACAAGCGUUGCAAACAACCGUGAACGCCGAUUGCCGGACGGACCGCUACGACAUGGGGAUAUUAUUACCGUCCGAGUACGCAACGAUAAUGGAACCGUUGCGCAAUUACAGCGUUUCGCCGAUCGCCACGUACGACGGGGAAAACUUGACGAGGCCGUUGAUCAGUCUGAUGGUCCAUUAUGUGAGCACCAGGUUCGAGAUGGUCGAUCUGCUAUUGGCCGACCACGACUCGGCGUUGAACAUAUUCCUGGACACGGCAAGGGAGGCGGGGAUCUGCGUGAAAAAUUACGGGGACAGUUUGGAGCUGGGGGGGGAUGAGACGGAGCCGGUGAUCGCCGGGAUCGGGCGCAGGAACGAUAUUCGACAGUGGAUAGAGAGGGGGGAGGGGCUGGAAGAAGCGAGGAAAACUUGGAUAGCACGGGCCCUCGAUGGAUCCAACGUGGACGAUCUGGUUCCCUCGGGCUCGUACGCGGUAAGGACAUCGCCGCUCGACCCGGACCUACUCCAAGACGUCUCGUCGCCGAGCGUGUUCCUCGAGGCGGCCGCCAAUCACGUAACACGUUCCCCGCAUUUGCUGGGUGUCGGUAAAGCGGUGCUCGAGCUCGCCCAAUUGUUGCAAGAUAUUCGUAAGCGGAACUGUCCACGGGCGACGGCCGCGUUGUGCGCGAUGCAACGCUUCAACCCGGCCUCGAGGCAGGAAAUGAGGAACGCAGACGUGUACACCACGCUACGAAUAAAUGCGAGAUCGCACUCGAUCAGGUAUUCGGUGGCGAUGAAGAGUCAACGAGACGUGGUCGACAUGGCAGCGUACAACGUGGAGCCGGUUAAUAUGAAGUUCAGAGUGUUGCCCGAGUCGAAGAUGCCCAGGAUGCCGAGAUUGUGCUUGAAGAAGUACGCGAGGAACUGCGACGGAUGCGCCAAUUUCAAGAAAAGAUUGGGACCUCGUGGCGCGAGCAAAGACACGCUCGACAGGGGUCUGUUAAAGGCGGGCAACUGGGUGCCAAUCUUCCUCACGGUGGUCGUGUGCGGGACGUUCGCCUGCGGCGCGAUCGCCGUCUUCAUCAUCUACCGUUUCAUGGUCGAGGACGUCCUCGACGGGAAUCCAGUGUUGACGAUCGUCCUGAUACUCGCCAACGUGUUCACUCUCCAGACCGUGCUUCCGUUCUGCAUCAACGAUGACUAUUUAGGGGGCGAGCGGUUGAACUCGAGGAAGAUACUCGCGACGACCCUCGCCUUCGGAUUGGACUUCUCCCUCAUGUUGACGAGGGCCUUCUUCCUCGUGUUCUCCAAGGGAGGCGUGUUCACCGCCCACAUAAACGGCCACCUUCAAGGGCUGAUGGUGUUCUUCAUGUUCUUCGUCCAGGUCGCCAUAUCCGUCAUGUUCUUCGCCCUCAGCAACCACGACUCGGCCGUAAUUAUGAGAAGCCUCAUAUUCAUCGCUCUUCUGGGAUACGAUAUAUUCCUACUGAUCACACUGUUCGUCGUGUGCUUCUUCAUCUUCCAACUGCCGCGCAAUUAUCGGGAGGGCAAGUGUUUCUUCGGCACAUCUAUCGGCCUAUUAAUCGCCUGGGCCGUAUGGCUCACCUGCUUCAUUCUCGUGGAGCCGGAAUAUCGCGACACGGUGGUGUCCCUCGGCAUCAUAUCCACCGCUUAUCUCAUCAUUAUAGGGAUACUGAUACCGAGGACGUAUUACAUGGUAACGCAUCUUGCAAGGGGGAAGAAGUUCGGGCAGAGAUUCGGGUCGACGGAUCUCGUGCCCGACUCGAGGAUCGACACAAUUGGCAGGCAGAGUCGCCCGUUUUACGAUUACGUGCACUCGGGCGGGGGAAGUACGACCAAUUUGCACGUGACACCCACCAUGUAUCCAAACUAUUACGGAAGCUCGAGUCCAGGCCAAAAGUAUCUAGGAACAGCGAGCAGAAGAAUUCCCGGAUACAAUAAUUACGGAUACCAUUCGGAGAUGCGGGAAGUGAAUAACUCUUACUCGAUACCGCAAGUCUGCAUCGAGGAUGCGGACUCAAGAAUCGACGAAAGCGCGACUUACGCGCGGCCGAAGAGCAACCGGAAGAGGAGGGGCAAAGGGGAGAAGGAGUGCAUCGAGACGGACGUUUACGUGGAGAGCAACGUGUCGACGUGCCGCAGAUCGAACAACGAAUCUCCGUAUCCAAGCAGAUCGAACAGCCCCAGGUUGGCCCAAGUCGAGGCGACGAUCCGCGAGGAGGAGGAGGGGAACGAGGAGACGAGCAGGAUCACUCGAUUUUGA